UUGAUUUAUGGGUAUUUAAGAGUCACAUAUAUUCAUUUUAAUUUUGUAUCUCCUCAGUCAAUACGUACAGAGCAAGUAAAAAAAAUAAAAAAGAUAUAUGUCUAGGGUUCCGAACGAGGCUGGAGAUGCGACGACGGAGUUGGUUUCUCCGCCGCUGAAGAAGCCGAAGAUAGAUACGGAGGCGAAGGCGGAUGCAGAGGUCAAAACAGAAAUACGAAUUCUCCUCCAAGGAGAAUGGAACGAUCCUGAAUUCAUCAGACAGCGAGAUCUGUAUUGGGAGCAAUUUGAAAAGAGCGAGGGUUACGAUAUUGAUUGGGAUAAUUUGGACUACAACUUCCCAGCCGUCAAAUUCGAAUGGGCAUCAGAUCUCUCACGUAAACGUACCAAUCAGGAGUUGCUCGAUCUGUGUAUUAAGACGGCCAUCGACGAAGAAAACGAAGAAUAUGGAACAAAUCUCGAGUUGGUCAAGUAUGUGAGUGCAAAUAUACUGGGAGUUCAAGGAUUCUUUUUUUGCAUAACAUUCUGGGCACAAGAUGUUUCAUCACCGAAUCCUGAGCCAAAACUUUACCAAGCAAAGGUGAGGAAGUUUAUGGAUGACAUCAUUGUCCAUGACUUCAGGCUAAGGCCAACUCAAGAACAAUGGGGUUGAGCAGGUUUACCUACUUUUCAUAUGAUUUUAUUUUGAUUUUGCUUCUUGAGUUGUAUAAUUACGGCCAUGACUUGUCAGUUGUGUCUCUCAUUAUUGUGAUAACGACUCCAACUCCGGUGUGCUACAAGACGCUUUGUCAUCUUUGAACAGUUUACUUGCCAAGCAGCUUAAUGUGCCCUUAUUUUCUAGUGAA